UGCGCUCUCCCUCCUGCAGGCAGUGCUCAUACACACACUCACUCUUAAACCAAUAGGAUCCUGGGCAUACAUUCCCACACUUCUCCAUCUGCAGCACACACACUACUUUUCACAUUCAGACACUUUGAGGUCAUUUCAGAGGCAGUUGCGGACACUUCACACACACUUAGAAAUGAGGACGAUUGUGCUGUGCGUUUAUGCCAGUCUACUGCUUACAGCCACCUUGGUGCCGCGCACAAGCCGGGCGGCGGACUUCCCCGUCAACUCUCACCAGAGAUGGGACUCUAGCGGACCUUUAUCUUUGGGAUCUGAAUCUGGGACUCCCACCUCAUGCCCCAUUAAACUGAGACCAACGGGCCAAUGUGGGAGCUCUGGAGCCGGGGCAGAGGAGGGGGAGGACUGCCCUUACCAGCUCACCCUGCCUCCCCUCACCAUCCAGCUGCCCAAGCAGUUCAGGCUGCUGGAGAAGACGAUGAAGGAGCUGCAGAGCUUGAAGGAGGUGGUCAACAAGCUGAAGGGUGGGUGCCAGGAGUGCCGCGGGGCACGGGGGAAUGGAGCGAAUGGACUUCAGCAAGCGGACCAGGGACAGACGCCGAGGGAAGACCUGACAGGACAGGACGUGCAAGGUGGCACCAGCCAGGAGGAGAGGGGAGAUGGUACUAUUUUGGGGAAAAAUACUCUGAGCCCGAGCACUAUGCAAGAGAUGCAGGUGAAAAUGAAUAGGAUGUCGGCCAGCUUGCGCAACGCCAGGAACCAGAUCACGUCUAUGCAGGGUCGCCUGGAGGGGCUCAACCUGCUCAACAUGGACAACGUGAAGUCUGUGGUGGACCAGCGGGUGGAGAACAUCACCGGAGUGAUCAACAAGCUCAGCUCCACCUGCACUUCCCAGUGUGCAGUUCGGAACAGCCCACAGAUGAUCUUCGCCCCUCGGGACUGUUCAGACUACAAUGUGCUGGAGGCGAGGAAGAACGGUGUGUACAGCGUGACCCUUGAUCCCCGCAAUGGCUCAAUUGACGUCUUCUGUGACAUGGAGUCCUAUGGGGCGGAUGGACCGUGAUACAGCAACGGCUCGAUGGGUCUGUCAGCUUCAACCGCACCUGGGCCGAGUAUAAGAAAGGCUUCGGGAACCUCAGAGGUGAGUUCUGGCUGGGCAAUGACCAUAUCCACUCGAUGACAAAAUCCAAAGACAUGGUGCUCCGCAUUGAGCUGGAGGACUUCGAGGGUGUCCGGGAGUACGCAAAGUACGAACAGUUCUAUGUGGCCAAUGAAUUCCUCCGCUAUCGACUGUCUAUCAGUGGAUACAG